UUCGACGACGCGCAGCGCAGGUGCCGUUGGGGGCAGGUGGAGACUUCACGUCCCCGCCUCCCCUCCCCCUCCCCCUCCCGUCUCCUUACCCCGACACGACACGCGCGCGCGCACAUAAAACCCCUCUCGCCCGCGGCCUUCACACACAAGCCUCCCCUCUCCCUCGCAAGUCAACCGCCUUUCCACCUCCUCGCCCUCGCCUUCGCCCCGUAGUGGCGUGACGCCUAGUACCGCGCCGCUCCUCGCCGCCUCCUAUAUAGAAAGAGAGCCGCGCGGGUCUCUGCGGCAAGGAACGGAGGUGGGAGCACACGCACGCGCGCACAGACCAGGCAGCAAGCAAAGGCUGGGCGAGUGGAGGUGGGGCUAGCGUGAUCUUGCUUCCCCUUUGCUUCUGCCGCGGACAAGAGGCGGACGGUUUGGAGCUUGGCCAUGGCGGAUCACCAGAGGAUCCACCCGGUCGACCUGGAGUCCGGCAACCGGCCGACGGCGCCGCUGGUGCCGGGGGGCUCCUUCCGGUCCGACAAGGGCGACCCGGCGCCGCGCGCCAACAACCCCCACCACUAUCAACAGCAACAGCAGCGGGGCCACGGGCACGGCCCGCUGCCUCCGCCGCCGCGCCGCGUCGCGCCACUGGCGCCGCUGCCGCCGCCGCAGAAGCGCCGGGGCCGGGGCUGCUGCUGCCGGUUCCUCUGCUGCGCCGCAGUCACCUUGGUCGUGCUGGCCGUCCUCGCUGCGGCGGCGGCGGGGGCGCUGUACCUUAUCUUCAGGCCCAAGGCGCCGCGGUACUCGGUGGACCGCCUGGCCGUCUCCGCGUUCCAGGUGGACCCGUCGACGCUGACGGCGCGGGCGGCGUUCGACGUGAGCGUGACGGCGGCGAACCCGAACUCGCGCAUCGGCAUCUACUACGAGCGCGGGUCCAGCCUGAGCGUGUGGUACGAGUCGUACCGCCUGGCGCGGGGCGCGCUGCCGGCCUUCUACCAGGGACACCGGAACACCACGGUGCUGGCGCUGGCCAUGGCCGGGGAGGUGCAGCUGGGGAGCGCGGUGGUGUCGGGCCUGCGGGACGCGCAGCAGGCCGGGUCCGUGCCGCUCGUGUUCCGCGCCGACGUGCCCGUGCGCGUCGAGCUCGGCAGCUUCAAGCUCUGGAAGGUCACGUCCAGGGUGCGAUGCGACCUCGUCGUCGACAGGCUCAUGGACCUCAGCAGCCCCAUCAAGAUCAAGGCCAGCAACUGCAAGUUCAGCUUGAAGCUGUGAUUUGUUCACUGCUACUGCUGCGCUCUAGAUUUCUUUGGAUCUAUCUCCUGUUGGGAGAGAGAAGGAUAGAGUUGUUGCGAUUGGAUUCUUUCGGCGGAGUGCUGGCCGUGUGGUUUUUGCACAGGUGCACAGUGCACUCCCGCCCACAGCGUCGUGUUCAUCUUGUGUACAGAUUGUAGCGUACUACUGUUAGAGAGGAAUAAUGAUAUGCACGACUAGAUUUUCUACAUUUU